AUAAAAUGUUUUUCAUAAACAGCUACAAGUAUAAUAUUCCCGUUGUGAUAUGCUGCUGUUUUGUUCAGUUAUAUAGUUCCGCAAACUGUCUAGUGACAGGAAACGAUAUCCAUGCGGAUCUCGCGAAAUCGCUCGGGCACGCAGGUGCACCAAGACUUCCACAAGAGAUCUCAAGUGACACUCCCAUUUCUACUUCCCAAACGGGGAGCCGUAUUCUCAAAGAUACAAAACAAGCAUCACCACGGCAAACUACAGUAGUGGAUUCGGGACCGGAGGCGUUCGCGCAAUCGCUGUUCGACGUUGAUUUCGGGAGCCGGUUGUCUAUUGAAAAAUUAGCGGAUAUAAUGCAACACUUGGAAAUCGGUAACGUCACAAACUGGAAGCAGGCUAAAGAGAAUGAUAGAAAAAGCCGUUCCACGAGGCAAAACAGGCCAUUGCAAAAAUCUGCUAACGGAUCCUGUUGGGCGCUGGAUGAGCUGCUAGACAUUUUCACAAUUAAACAGUCGACUCUUACGAAAUCCGAAUUCCAACGUCUUUGUCCCGCUCUCAUACAGCAGACAUAUUCUGGAGUGUGCCAAAUGGCUACGGAGCUAAAUACUACGGAAAACGAAAUUUCCAGAAUAACAGAUGCAGAAAAGUAUGGAUAUGGCACCGCUGCCGUUGUGAUCGUCAGCCUGCUGUCGGUUGCGGGCAUUUGUCUCAUCCCGUUGCUGAAGAGACAGAUUUAUUAUUACGCUAUUCAAGGCUUCAUUGCUUUAGGAGCCGGCACUUUGUGCGGGGACGCGGUGCUGCACUUGUUGCCACAGGCUUUACGCAACCGACAGGACCACGGAUCCGCAUCCAGUCAUGUAAAGUCCGAUGAUGAUGUCUCCGACAGUAGUAUAUCCGUAUGGAGAGGUGUUGCCUGUCUUGGAGCCAUCUACGUCUUUUUCCUUUGGGAAAUGUCGCUGCAUUAUUUCAUCAGCCGCAGAAGAGGUCACAGAACGUCAGGCGCACAAGAUCCAACAGUGGCUAAUGGGAAGGAACUGCAGCAUGACCAUUCGCACUACCGGAUCCAAGUACUUUUGCAAAGACUAACAAGAAGCCCAGCGAAAAUUCUGCCGCGCAAACGGAACUGCAAUCAUCGCAAUCUUCUAACGGAGAACCAGGCACACGUACAACCGAACAGCACAGGGAGCAUACCCAUAACCAGCACAGAUUUAUGGGAUAUUUUAGGGAUCACUCCCUUGGCAUGGAUGAUUUUAUUGGGAGACUGCAUUCAUAAUUUCGGCGAUGGCCUGACCAUUGCCGCUGCGUUCUCCUUGGAUGUCCGUUCAGGAAUCUCCACUUCCAUCGCCAUUUUCUGCCACGAGGUUCCUCAUGAACUAGGUGAUUUCGCGAUCUUGCUCAAUACCGGAAUGUCCUUCAAACUGGCUUUAGUGCUAAAUUUGGUCUCUGCCGUAACUUGUUUAAUUGGGUUCUAUAUUGGAAUUCCAGUAGCAUCAUACGAUUCGGCCAGACAGUGGAUUUUCGUUAUCGCUGCCGGAAUGUUCCUCUAUGUCGCAUUGGCCGAUAUGCUUCCGGAGCUCAAACACGGUGCCAGCAAUAUUCCAAUACUGGUAGCGCAAAAUCUUGGAUUAAUUGUUGGCGCGGGAAUUAUGACAGUUAUGGCCCUUUACGAAGAAUCCAUACAAAUAUGAUUUUGGCGGGAAAUGGCGAACCGAGAG